AUGCCUCAGGUCCCUUCUCGACCUCCUCCCUACUCUAUUGAGUGCUCGUCAUUCCCUCCGCCCAUACAAGCCUCUGCCGGUUCAGAUGCUUGGGCGUUUCAGCGCGCUUUCGAGUCGGCUCGCGAGCCUGUCAGAUGGGCUAUACUCACCACUAUGCGUCGUUGGGAGAACGAAUGGGCCUUUAAGGAUGUUGAGGUGUCACGAGAACGCCUACAGGACGCAUACGAUGAAUCGCCGCCUGACUUGAAAGCAACUCUGGAUCACAUCGUGAACCAAAGGCUCCCAUUCUACUAUAUGAGCGAGGGGGACCGGCGCUGUCAUGAUCUAUAUCGCGCUGGGCGCAUGGAAGAAGCGGAGACGACAGCGUUAUCCACAGAGAACUUCGUGGAUGAAUACCACUAUGCCGCGAAACCUGUUCGAGCGGCUGUUUUGACCACAUUCGGAGACUGGGCGUUCUUCGAAGAACAUCGGAAAAUCAGUCCAGUUCCAGAAGCGAAUGUCGCACAAGCCUAUGCAACUGCGUGCGACGAUCUCAAAAUAGCCAUCAGCUGGAUGCUCGCUACUGGCUGGACGGUUGAAGUCUUCAAUCGCACCGUGUUCGAGCGGUUCAAGUCUUCAGUGCAUCGUAGAUGUCUCAAUCAUGCCACAGCCCACAUCAAGAUGCACGCUAUGAAUAGGCUCGAAGGUAUGUAUUGA